CGUGUAGUCUUUACUUUCGACUGUAAUUUUUCUAUAUAUAGAGACCCUCGUCUCUGUCAACUUAUCUCUACAGAUCAAAAUGGAGUUGCUUAUUUUCCUUCUCCUCCUCCCUAUCUUCCUCUUGUUUCUUCUCAAGAUACACAUAAGAAAACCUCGUCUCCCUCCUGGUCCCAAGGGUCUUCCCUUGGUAGGAAACCUUUUCCAGCUUGACAACUCCAACAUUCAAAAACAUUUAUGGCAGCUUUCCAAACAGUAUGGACCUCUCAUGUCCUUAAGACUAGGUUUCAAGCAAACUCUAAUAGUCUCUUCAGCCAAAAUGGCUAAAGAGGUUUUGAAAACCCAAGAUCUUGAAUUCUGUAGCAGGCCUCCCUUGCUUGGUCUACAGAGAUUAUCCUACAAUGGUUUAGAUUUGGCUUUUGCACCCUAUGAUGCUUAUUGGAGAGAGAUGAGAAAAAUCUGUGUCGUCUAUCUUUUCAACUCAAAUCGAGUCCAGGAGUUUCGUCCCAUUAGAGAAGAUGAAGUUUCUCGUAUGCUUGAAAAUAUAUCGAAAGUAGCUGAUGCUUCUAAACCUGUCAACUUGACUGAAGCAAUGAUGGCUCUUGCGAGUGCUGCAAUAUGCAGAGUUGCUUUUGGAAAGAGAUUUGAGGAAGGGGGAAAUGAAGCCAAGAGGCUUCAUGAGUUGCUUAAUGAAACUCAGGCCAUGUUUGUGGGAUUCUUCUUUUCAGAUUAUUUUCCUUACAUCGGUCGGAUUGUUGAUAAAUUCUCUGGACUUCUCUCCAGACUCGAAAAGAAUUUCCAUGACUUUGAUGCUUUCUACCAAGAACUCAUCGAUGAACACCUCGAUCCAAAGAGGCAAAAGCCACAGCAUGAGGACAUUCUUGAUGUUUUACUUCAACUUUGGAGGGAUCGUUCAUUUAAAGUUCAACUAACUUUUGAGCACAUCAAAGCAAUUCUCAUGAACUUAUUUGUUGCAGGAACAGACACAAGUGCUGCUGCUGUGAUAUGGGCUAUGAGUUUUCUAAUGAAAAAUCCUAAAACAAUGAAAAAAGUUCAAGAUGAAAUAAGAAGCUUAAUUGGGAAAAAGGGUUUUGUAGAUGAAGACGAUAUUCAACAAUUGCUUUAUCUUAAAGCUGUGGUGAAAGAGAUGAUGAGACUGCAACCAACAGUUCCAUUUCUAGUCCCAAGAGAAACAGUUCACAAGUGCACUUUAGGUGAGUAUGAAAUAGCUGAAAAAACACUAGUUCACGUGAAUGCAUGGGCAAUUGGGAGGGAUCCUGAAGCUUGGGAGAAGCCAUUGGAGUUCCGUCCAGAGAGAUUUUUGGAUACUUGUAUUGACAUGAAAGGACAGGAUUAUGAGUUAAUACCAUUUGGAGCUGGCAGGAGAAUUUGUCCUGGAAUAUUUAUGGGAAUUGCCAAUGUGGAGCUUUCACUCGCUAAUCUUCUUUACAAAUUUGAGUGGGAAAUGCCUGAUGGGAUGAAAAGGGAGGACAUAGACACCGAUAAUGUUCUGCCAGGAAUUACUGUGCACAAGAGGGAGCAUCUCCGAUUGAUGGCUAAGAAAUAUAUCUAAUAAGAUUUAUCGGUGCACAUGUAAAAUUUUAUAUAUUUAUAUUAUGUAUUUUCAUGAAUACGGUUUAAAUAAAAAUUAUUUUAAAAAUCA